AUGGGCUGCAUUAAUUCAUCACAUUCCUUCUUCUUCUUCUUCCUAACUCUGAUAACCCUCUCCCUCACCACCUCGGUUGCUCAGGCUGAUGAAGCCAGUGAUCUGAUCAAAAACACCUGCGAGCACGCCAUUUACAAGGAGUUCUGCAUUUCAGACCUGCAACAAUCGAAAGGUAAAAUAGCAAACAUCAGGGAUCUUGCGAAUAUUACGCUCCAGCACGCAUUGUCCAACGCAACCUACAUCGUCGACUACGUCUCUAAGUUGGCUAACACCACAAAAGAUUUUAACGCCCAGAGCUGCUUUGUUGAAUGCUCGACGAAUUACGAAAAGGCAAUUUCUCUAGUGCAGAGCUCAUUCUCCGCUUUGGAUAAUAAAGACUUCGACAACGUGAACAGAUGGCUGACAUCCGCCAUGUUCAGAGCAGAGUUGUGCGAGAAAGCAUUCAAAGGACAGUCCGGCGUCCAGUUCUCGGAGAUAAGCGACAAGGCUGAACUCUUCAACCAUCUAUGCAGCAAUGCUUUAGCCAUAGCUGAUCGCAUGGCCGGGAUGUGA